AAAUUUGAAUUAAGCAAAAAUGUUGAUUAAAAAUAUUUUUAUAGAAUUGCGUUCGCGAUUACGCAGUUGUAAUGUUUACAUAACUACUAGUAUUGAUCUAAAUAAGAAUUGCAAUUUGAAAAUUAAUAUUCAAUCGAAUUGUAUUGUAUUGAAUUAUUAUAAUGAUUCUUCUAGAAGAGACAGUUUAUCUUCUAUAGAAAGUCUGUCGGAUUAUUCUGACGAUGAAUUCGAUGACAGUUCCAUAAUCGUCAUUGGCGAAUUCUGUCAUAUAAUACCAAAUUCAAUGUCAUGUCUGAAAAUAGACAAGAAUACGAUAUCGUUUCGCGUUUUAACGCAACCGAAAAACGGUAAUUUUUACUCUGAAUUUCUAUCAACAAAUCUUACGAAUUCACUUAAAAUUAACGAAUUAAAAAUAAAUGUAAAAGCUGAAUAUGAUAUGAAAAUAAUUUGCGCAAAUUGCUCAAAUGUCAUUUCCGUCGAAGCUGUCAAAUUUGACAGAAUAUUGGAGUUGCCAUCUGAAAAUAUUGAUAUGUCAGAAUGGUUUUGUCACGGACACGGUCAUGGUAACACUGAACCGAUCGUAUUAAAGCAGAAUAAAAACGAUUUUCUCUACCGUUUAACAUAUUUUGUAAUAAAAAGUAAUUUAUUAUCAGAAAAAACGAACAAAUUUAACCUCAAAAGGGAUGUAUACCAUUGCAAUAGGUGUUUAGCUUGGUUAGGUCUUAAAAAGAAAGAUACAGUCAAAUUAUUUAACUCUGAAAUAAAAAUACAACAAAAUAGUACAGAUAAUUAUGUAUUUUCACAUAAUAAUCCAACUAAUAUAAGUGUCGAUGAUUUUAUUUACACUAUCGAAUGUAUGACGAAAGAAUCAAACUUAGGUCUACAAUAUGCGGUUAUGUGUAAAAUUGUUUUGGAAUGUUCUCUAUCCUCAACAAACAAACAAUAUUUAUUAAUAUGGGUUAUGGACAAAGAGUUACAAGUUUUAAGAAACAACGAGGUUGUAAAUGAUAAAGUUACAUUGAAUUCUAGUUUUUUGACUAAAAUAUUGUAUAAGGUAGAAUUAUGUUUGAAUGAGGAGGUUGAAAGUUGGUUGUCAGAUCCAACGGUUGUCAGCACGGAUAUCUCAAAGAGUAUGUUCUAUAAGGGAAUAGAACAUUUGAAUACGACUUCGCAGAAAGUUCCAGAAGCAUUCCGCAGCAGCAAUGGUUAUAGCAUCAGUUAUUUAAAAGUCUGAUAAUAAAAAUCAAACAUGUA